UCUGUUCAGAGGUAGAAACAAACCCACGCUGUCAAGCCCGGCACAGAGAGAGUGGUGGACCCGGAACAAACUAAUAUCUGAUAAAAUUAUGCACGGAGUCUAGAUACAGGAGUGACUGAGUCCUUCACGUUUAUGACAAACAGUUUUAUAACUUAUGAAAAUACAGUGCUACAAUAAUUUUGAAUUUAAAUAUUCGUUUGUUACAGAGGUGAAUUGCAAAACUUCCCAAACUCAAAGAUCUAUCGAAAUUCAAAAGGACAUUUCCAAGGAUGAAGGAAUUAUCAUAUUUCUUCUGCCAGCGGAUGAUUAGGUUUGCUCUUCUUCUAACAACAGUCUCAGCUACCAAGAUGAACGUACCACGACUCAGACUUUCAUACAAAGACCUUGUAGCCACCAACCGGUCCUCUAUCUUCAGUGGUCACCACGGUCAACUCUCCCUGAGCGCUGUGUUUCUGGACGAGUACCAUGACCGCCUGUUCCUGGGGGGCAAAGACGUCCUCUACUCCCUGAGACUGGACCAUACCAACCUGGACUCCAAAGAGAUCUACUGGCCUCCGUUGCCUGGUAACAGAGAUGAAUGUGUCCAGAGAGGGAAAGAUUCUCAGACGGAGUGUGCCAACUUUGUGCGCCUGCUGCAGCCCUAUAACCGCACCCACCUGCUGGCCUGUGGUACGGGUGCCUUCCAACCCAUGUGUACCUAUGUGUACGUGGGUUACCGUGGAGAGCAUGUUUUCACCAUGGACCCUACCAAAAUGGAGAACGGACGGGGGAAGGUUCCUCACGACCCCAGCCUCCCCUUCGCUAGCACCUUAAUUGGUGGGGAGUUAUACACAGGGCUGACUGCAGACUUCCUGGGUAGAGACUCAGUGAUCUUCCGUAGUCUGGGAGGUCGCUCCACCAUGAGGACUGAGACGGACCAGAGACUGCUGCAUGAUCCUAAGUUUGUUGCGGCCCACCUCAUCCCUGAUAAUGAUGACCGUGACAAUGACAAGGUGUACUUCUUCUUCACGGAGAAGGCCAUGGAGGCUGGGAACAGAGAGGGGGCCAUCCACACCCGCGUAGGACGUGUGUGUGCGAAUGAUGCAGGUGGACAGAGAGUGCUGGUGAAUAAAUGGAGCACCUUCAUCAAGGCCAGACUGGUGUGUUCUGUACCUGGGCCUCAUGGCAUUGACACACACUUUGACGAGCUGGAGGAUGUUUUCCUGCUUAGAGGCAAGGAUGAGAAGAACCCAGAUGUUUAUGCCAUCUUCAGCACCAUCAGUAACGUGUUCCAAGGCUUUGCAGUUUGUGUGUACCGUAUGGCAGACAUCAGAGAAGCCUUCAACGGGCCUUUUGCACACAAGGAGGGACCUGACUACCAGUGGGGGGCUUACGAGGGCAGAGUGCCCUAUCCAAGACCUGGGGUGUGCCCCAGUAAGAUCACCAACCAGCCUGGCAGACAGUUUGGCAGUACCAAGGACUUCCCAGACGCAGUGCUCCAGUUUGCCCGAGGGCACCCCCUGAUGUGGCGACCGGUGUACCCGGCCAUGAAGCAGCCUCUGCUGGUCAAGGCCAACUUGCCCUACCGCCUCAAACAGAUCGUGGUGGACCGUGUGGAGGCAGAGGAUGGACAGUAUGACGUCAUGUUCAUAGGCACCGACAUAGGCACUGUUCUGAAGGUCAUUGCAUUGCGCAGCGGCAACACUCUGGACACAGAAGAGGUCACUCUGGAGGAGCUGCAGGUCUUUAAGGUGCCAACUCCCAUUACCUCUUUGGAGAUCUCAGUAAAAAGGCAAGCACUGUACGUGGGUUCUCCGGUGGGUGUGGCCCAGCUGAGGCUUCACAGGUGUGAGACGUAUGGGAAGGCCUGUGCUGAGUGCUGCCUGGCCAGAGACCCCUACUGUGCCUGGGACGGCACCUCCUGCACUCGCUACACCUCGCUCAGCAGACGCCGCUAUCGCCGUCAGGACAUCAAGCAUGGCAACCCGGCCCUGCAGUGUAUGGACCAGAACCUCAGUGUGGAGGAGCUGGAUGUAACAGAAGACAGGGUUGUGUACGGGACAGAGAACAACAGCACCUUCCUGGAGUGUGUCCCCCGCUCCCCACAGGCCACUGUUACAUGGCUGCUCCAACGAGAUGGCCGCAAGGAAGAGGUGAAGCUGGAUGACCGAGUGAUGCAUAUGGAGCAGGGCCUACUCUUCCGCCGCGUGUUCCGUCAGGAUGAGGGUGUGUAUGUGUGUCUCUCCCGUGAGCACGGCUUCACCCAGACCCUCAUCCGCCUCUCCCUGGAGGUCCUGCAAGGGAACACACUGAGUGAGCUGCUGGCCCGUGACGACACCCCCCUCGACGGUCCCCUGGGGGUAAAGGGGUACCGGUCCUGGCCACCCUGCCAUACUUACAGGAGCACCAACCCCCUCAGCCACCUGCGCCCCUGGUUCAAGGACAUCAUGCAGCUGAUCGGCCCGUCCAACCUGCCGCACGUGGAGGAGUACUGUGAGAGGAUGUGGUGCAACGACAAGCUGCGGCGUAAACACAAGAGCAUGCUGGACAAGUACCGGCAGGCACAGGACAGCGUGCGCAAGACCCGCAAUAAGGGCUCCGGGGAACGCAACCGGACGCCGCGGGACGUCAGUAACCGACAGCCGUAGAGGGGAGGCAGAAACAGAUGAAGGGAGGAAAAAGAGAAGGACUACAUGACAUGAUGAAUGAGAGAACGAAGAGGUGGUAGUGAUAUGUAUUGUAGGAAGAUGUACUGCCAACAGGGAUGAGGGUUGAGACUGAUUUGGAGGCAGAAGGGAGGAGGAGAAAGAGAGCGACAGGUACUCAUGGCACUCAUCAACUCUCAUUUGCUUCAUGAAAAACCCUCAACUGUUUCCACAAAGGGACCCUUCUCCUCUCCACGCACCCUUGCAACCUCAGUGUCUCUGUAUGAUUAUGGAUUGACUGUAACAUGCUGCAAAUAGUGUGUGUGUUGGACUGCUACAACUGAUCUCCUUCUACCCAACAUUGCACUCAUUUCUCUUAGGUCAUUGAGCCCAUUCCAUGUUACCCAUUCUGUGACUGCUUCUGUGUUCUUCGCUCUGUACCCCUUAAAACUGCAUUUCCGGAGCCUUUGCCUUACCCUGCACCUCAACACACCCUACACUGCUAUGGCUCACUUCAUAUACAGUCAGAAAGUUAACCGUUAUUUUUUAGCAGUGUAAUCCCACCACCCUGCAAAUGAUUCACAACAGCUAAUUCUGUCCACACAUACUCACACACACUGUUGAGCGAACAUACAAGCACACUCACACAACCAUCACUCAACCAGCCAUAACAACACACAAGCACACUCACACAACCAUCACUCAACCAGCCAUAACAACACACAAGCACACUCACACAACCAUCACUCAACCAGCCAUAACAACACACCAGACAAUUGCUUUAACUGGAAGUUGCCAUGAGACGAUUGUUGACGGUUCAACAGAGAAAAGGCCUGUUUGUUGCUUUGUAUUAUCAGCUAGACUCCAGGUCCCACCAUUCCUUUGUGUGUCGUAGGUGUUGUUCUCACUCCUGACAAAGGAAGGAAAAUAAAAAGGGUCAUUGGCGCUGGCUGAAUGUUCUGCUGAUGCUUUGUAAACAUUGGUUCUUCAUUUAAAUACAGGAUUUCUGUCUCCGUUGUUGAAAUACAAUGUUUCACUAACAUACUUCACCGGAAGCUCUCCUUCCACGGGCGCUGGUUAUAGCGGAGGGUGGGAGAGUGAGAGCAAUUAUUAGCCUCCUGUCCUCCUGUCCUCCCCUUUCUCUCCAAAUAUUGUUUCUGAUCGUAUGUUAGACCGACCAGAUGUGACGGAGAGAGUGUCGCAGGACUUGUAUAGACAAGAAUGGGGAGUUGAUGACUAUUGAUGAUUGGAUUACUGUAGGUAUGUCCUGGUUUGAGUGGUUCACUAUACAGUACCAGAUCUUAUUCUGGUUGGUUAUAAAGAUGGCAUUAACACAGUAUUUUUCACCAAAAGGGAAAAUAUACUGCUCCACACAACACAAUAGCUUAUGGCACACAACUAUGCAAAAACAGGAUUGUUGAGUAACUAAAAAAAACAAUAACAGUGAAUAUGAAUAAAACAAUGAAAAGGUUACUGACAAAAUGCCAUUUGUUUUAGAUUUUUCUGGAGCUCCAUCUCGCAGUUACUAUCAGCAAUAGUUUAUUGAACAAAACAGUCGUUUUGACAUGCUUUGUUUUGAAAAUGUCAUUCUUAGACUACAACAUAAAGUGAGACUUCCAAUGUC